CCGGGUGCGGCGCCCCCUUCCCCGAGCCCGCGCGGCGAUGAAGCGGACCCGCGAGGAGGUGGACGCUACGCUCCAGAUCGCCAAGCUGAAGGCGGCCGAGCUGCUGCCGGUUGUGCACUGCCUGGGCUUCGGCCCCGGGGCCGGCGCCGCCGUCGGAGACUCCUGCCUGCUGGAGCUGGAGCCCGCGCUGUGCCAGCAGCUGGAGGCCGGGCACAGUCUUGUGAUUCGGGGUGAUAAAGAUGAGCAGGCUGUGCUGUGCAGUAAAGACAAAACCUAUGACUUGAGAAUAGCAGACACUUCCAAUAUGUUGCUUUUUAUUCCUGGUUGUAAGACUCCUGACCAGCUGAAGAUGGAAGAAACACAUUGUAACAUUAUUCACACCGAGAUCUUUGAUUUUUCUAAUAAUUAUUGGGAAUUAAGAAGAUGCCGACCCAAAUUAAAGAAGCUAAAGAAACUUUUGAUGGAAAACACCUAUGAAGGACCUGACAGUCAAAAAGAAAAGGAUUCAAAUCAUUCAAAAUAUACAACCGAAGAUUUGCUGGAUCAAAUUCAGGCAAGCGAGGAAGAAAUAAUGACCCAAUUACAAGUUCUAAAUGCCUGUGAGAUUGAAGGUUACUGGAGGAUUCUUGAUUUUGAUUAUGAGAUGAAACUUCUGAAUCAUGUAACUCAGCUUGUGGAUUCUGAAUCUUGGUCCUUUGAUAAAGUUCCUUUGAAUCCAUGCCUUCAGGAACUUGGACCAUUGGAGCCAGAGGAAAUGAUUGAACACUGUCUUAAAUGUUAUGGAAAGAAAUAUAUAGAGGAAGGUGAAGUUUAUUUUGAAUUGAGUGCUGAUAAAAUAUGCAGAGCAACAGCACAGAUGCUACUUCAGAAUGCAGUGAAAUUUAAUCUUGCUGAGUUUCAAGAAGUGUGGCAACAGAGUGUGCCUGAAGGAAUGAUAACUAGUCUUGAUCAGCUUAAGGGUUUAGCCUUGGUGGAUCGACACUCGAGACCAGAAAUCAUAUUUUUGCUAAAAGUAGAUGAUUUACCUGAGGAUAAUCAAGAACGUUUUAACAGUCUAUUCUCUCUAAGGGAAAAGUGGACAGAAGAAGACAUAGCUCCAUAUAUUCAAGAUUUGUGUGGAGAGAAGCAAACAAUAGGUGCAUUACUCACCAAAUAUUCUCGAUCUUCAAUACAAAAUGGUGUUAAAGUUUACAACUCAAGAAGGCCCAUUUCUUAAAAGAAUAACAGUCUGUUCUUUGGGACUAAAGUUGCUUCAUAAACGCUGAUGAUUCUAAGAAAAAGAUUCUUGAAUAUAUUUGUAUUCCAGAUUUUAAAAAACCUAUUGCUUUGAAGCCUUUUUCUCCAGAUCUUAAGCAUUUUGAAACUACUGUUCUUUCCCUUAAAUGUAACAGGAUAUUUCUAUGUCUUUCAAGUUAUUUUUACAUUAUGCAUACAGUGUUGUUUCCUGUAUUUAGUGUAUCUUAAGUCUGUAUGGUUUUAUUUAUAGAAAAAGAGUGUUCCCUUUUUUAUAUUUAAAAUUGCAUCUUUUGGGGAUCCCUGGGUGGCUCAGCGGUUUAGCGCCUGCCUUUGGCCCAGGGCGUGAUCCUGGAGAUCUGGGAUCGAGUCCGCAUUGGGCUCCCUGCAUGGAGCCUGCUUCUCCCUCUGCCUGUGUCUCUGCCUCUGUCUCUCAUGAAUUAAAUAAAUAAAAUCUUAAAAAAAUA